AUGCUACUCAGCAGUCUACAUAAGACGCAGCAUAAGAAGUAUUACUGUCUCAGUUGCCUCAAUGGUUUCAACUCACAGGAACGUUUGGAUGAACAUAUAGAGACAUGUAGAGAGGUAAAUGGAACGCAGAAAACUGUGAUGCCAAAGAGAGGUAGUAAAGUUAUGUUUAAGAAUCAUAGGAGACAAUUAUCUGUUCCGUUUGUGAUAUACGCUGACUUCGAAUCACAGCUGAUACCUGUUGAUGGAGAUGGAAAGUGUUUACGCAAGACACAGAGCCAUGAGAUGUGCAGUUAUGGUUUUAAGAGAGUGUGUUACUAUGAUGGUAAGUAUGAUGGUGAAUAUAAGAGUUAUAGGGGAGUAGGUGCGAUUGGGAGGUUCCUAACCGAUGUGCUAAAUGAGACUGAGGAAUGCAAUAGGAUUAUUCAAGAUGAGUUCACUAAAGAGGCAGUUAUGAGUGUAAAUGACUAUACGGAACUUGAGGGAGCAACUGAGUGUCACAUCUGUGGUGGUAAGUUCAGUGGCGACGAUAAAAAGGUGCUUGAUCAUUGUCAUGUAACUGGUAAAUUCAGAGGCGCGGCCCAUAACUCGUGUAAUCUAAAUUAUAAGUUAACUGGAAAAAUCCCUGUUGUAUUCCAUAAUUUACGGGGAUAUGAUAGCCACUUUAUUAUGCAGGGAGUUGCGGGGCUUGGAGAGAGAAUUGAGGUUAUCGCCAACAAUAUGCAAAAAUACAUGUCCUUCAGAGUGGGUAAACAGUUGGUCUUCAUUGACUCUAUGCAGUUCAUGAGCAGUAGUCUUGAGGCUCUUGUUGGGAAUCUUGAUAAGAGUCGUUUCAAGAGAAUGCAGUGUGAAUGGAAAGGUCAGGAUCUUGAAAUGUUGCUUGAGAAGGGAGUUUAUCCUUACGAAUAUAUGAGCGACUGGAGUAAGUUUAAGGAAAAGUGCUUGCCUGGGAAAUCUGCUUUCUGUAGUUCAUUGAAAGAAGAAAGUGUUAGCGAAGAUGAUUACGUAAGAGCGUGCAAGAUGUUUGACAAGUUUGGUUGCAGGAGUUUGGGCGACUAUCAUGACUUGUACUUGAAGACUGACGUGCUGUUGUUAGCAGAUGUAUUUGAAGACUUUAGGAGAGUUUGCUUGGAUAAUUAUAAGUUGGACCCUGCACAUUACAUUUCUGCUCCAGGGCUUAGUUGGGACGCUAUGUUGAAAAGGACUGGUGUAAAGUUAGACUUGCUCUCUAAUGUCGACAUGUAUCAGUUUAUUGAAAAGGGAAUGAGGGGAGGUGUAAGCUAUAUUGGUCAUAGACAUGCUCAGGCUAACAAUAAAUAUAUGAGUGACUAUGAUCCUGAAAAGCCAAGUAGUUACAUUAUGUACUACGAUGCAAAUAACCUCUAUGGAUGGGCGAUGAGCGAGAAAUUACCAUAUGGAAAAUUUAGGUGGAUUGAUGUUGGUGAAUUGGAUCUUAGUAAUUAUGGUAAGGAUAGAGAGAAAGGCUUGAUACUGGUAGUUAAUCUCGACUAUCCGAGUGAACUUCAUGGGAAACAUAAUGAUUACCCGUUAUCUCCUGAGAUUAAAUUACUGAUGAUAUGCUAA